GUUCAUUUAUCAUUCAAAUUCUGUCAAUCAAACUCUUGCUUUCUCAGCUCAACACUAAACCAUACCACUUCUAGGGGGCUCUGCUCCACAAAGCAGUGGCAAUUGAGUUGAUUGAUCAACACCAAUUUACCAUGGCCGCUGCUUAUUACUACCUUUUUUCUAGUAAAAAAAGCCACCAAAAGCUGGUGCUUCGAGCUUCAUUAUUGAUGUUUUUAUGUUUCUUGGCGGUUGAAAACGUUGGUGCUUCCGGUCGCCGGAUGGUGAAGUCUCCAGGAACAGAGGAUUACACUCGCAGGAGCCUUUUAGCAAAUGGGCUUGGUCUAACACCACCGAUGGGGUGGAACAGCUGGAAUCAUUUCAGUUGUAAUCUUGAUGAGAAAUUGAUCAGGGAAACAGCCGAUGCAAUGGCAUCAAAGGGGCUUGCUGCACUGGGAUAUAAGUACAUCAAUCUUGAUGACUGUUGGGCAGAACUUAACAGAGAUUCACAGGGGAAUUUGGUUCCUAAAGGUUCAACAUUCCCAUCAGGGAUCAAAGCCUUAGCAGAUUAUGUUCACAGCAAAGGCCUAAAGCUUGGAAUUUACUCUGAUGCUGGAACUCAGACAUGUAGUAAAACUAUGCCAGGUUCAUUAGGACACGAAGAACAAGAUGCCAAAACCUUUGCUUCAUGGGGGGUUGAUUACUUAAAGUAUGACAACUGUAACGACAACAACAUAAGCCCCAAGGAAAGGUAUCCAAUCAUGAGUAAAGCAUUGUUGAACUCUGGAAGGUCCAUAUUUUUCUCUCUAUGUGAAUGGGGAGAUGAAGAUCCAGCAACAUGGGCAAAAGAAGUUGGAAACAGUUGGAGAACCACUGGAGAUAUAGAUGACAGUUGGAGUAGCAUGACUUCUCGGGCAGAUAUGAACGACAAAUGGGCAUCUUAUGCUGGUCCCGGUGGAUGGAAUGAUCCUGACAUGUUGGAGGUGGGAAAUGGAGGCAUGACUACAACGGAAUAUCGAUCCCAUUUCAGCAUUUGGGCAUUAGCAAAAGCACCUCUACUGAUUGGCUGUGACAUUCGAUCCAUGGACGGUGCGACUUUCCAACUGUUAAGCAAUGCGGAAGUUAUUGCGGUUAACCAAGAUAAACUUGGCGUUCAAGGGAAAAAGGUUAAGACUUACGGAGAUUUGGAGGUUUGGGCUGGACCUCUUAGUGGAAAGAGAGUAGCUGUCGCUUUGUGGAAUAGAGGAUCUUCCACGGCUACUAUUACCGCGUAUUGGUCCGACGUAGGCCUCCCGUCCACGGCAGUGGUUAAUGCACGAGACUUAUGGGCGCAUUCAACCGAAAAAUCAGUCAAAGGACAAAUCUCAGCUGCAGUAGAUGCCCACGAUUCGAAAAUGUAUGUCCUAACCCCACAGUGAUUAACAGGAGAAUGCAGAAGACAAGUGAUGGUUGGCUCUUUGAAGGAUUUGAUUACCUUAAAGCAUUUGUCACAUGUUAUGAAUCAAUUCAAAGCAAUUAUGUGCUUUGAAGAGAUUAAGUCAAUAAAUAGAAAAGUUAUUAUUGAAAAAACAAACUUCAUCUAUUAUAGCAAUUAACUAUUGUCUAUCUAUUAUCUAUC